AUGCAAGAGUCAUCAAAGUCACCUGAGUUUGCUUCAUAUUUCUCCCCUAUACAGCACGGCAUUGCGACACCUGGAGGAGCUGAGCUGCUUACACACCAUAUUCAGAUCUUAUUGGAGCAAAAUCCUGAUUGGUCAAUCCUUAAAACAGAUGUCAGGAAUGCCUUCAAUUCUGUUUCAAGGGAACGACUUCUUCAGCAAAUUGCUAAAGACUUUCCUGAUAUCUAUCCUCAUGUCAAGCAGUUGUACGGGGAAUCAAGCAAGCUGAUAUACGUCACUGACAAGGGAGUUGAGUUAUUAACAUCAAGUGAAGGAGUUCAUCAAGGAGACCCUUUGGGACCUGCUCUUUUCUCAGCUACUAUCCAUCCUAUUUUAUGUGAGGUGAUCAAGAGACAUGAGGGUGUUACUAUGCUGGCAUAUCUAGAUGACAUCUAUGUGGUAGGUCCAGUCAAUAGUCUUCGAAAUAUUUUGGAUGAUUUGAAGUCUUCCCUGUCCACGUUGCAUUUGGAAAUUUUAGACAGAAAGUGUGAGUUGUUUUGUCCCUCUGGUAAUGUCUGUAAUUUUCCAACUCCAGUUACCUCUGAUGGCACUAUUAUACUAGGCACACCAGUAGGAAAACCUGAAUUUGUUCGUUCUCAAUGUGCUGACAUUGCCAAGGGUGGGAAGGAACUUUGCCGUGAAUUGGCCCUGCUGAAUAAUCGGCAAAUCUCCAUGCUGAUUCUACGACACUGUCAUGUGCCUAGAUUGAACUACUUGGCAAGGCAAGUAUUUCCUCGUGAUCUAGAACUGGCAGCAGUCAUCCAUGACAAAAUGACUAGAUCUUCAUUUGUGGACAUCAUUGGUUUCAAUCAUUUGAAUGAUACAGCCUGGAAACAAGCGACUCUAAAGCUGAAGAAUGGAGGCUUUGGUUUAACACAGAUUGGACAAAUUUCUCAUGCUGCUUUUGUGUCUUCUUGGUGUCAAUCAAUGAAAGAAUUGCCAUCUCGUUUCUUAUGUAUGACUGACUUGGUUGAUUAUCUUACUUCUUCUAAAGAAAAGUCGGGGUCGAUUGGCUCAGAAGUAAUUUCUAGCUUUUCCGACUUGCCACCAUUGUCCAAGUCAGCUGACAAUGAUGAAGAUUUUCAAACACUUGAUGACAUCAUCGCUUAUCCUAAGAAACUGCAGCACCGUCUUUGUACUGAGAUAAACGAAAUUAAUGUGUCUGAACUCAUUGCUCAGGCUCCUUCUGAUAAAGAUGCGGCAAGGCUGCGGUCAUUGCAAGGUCGUGGAGCCGGAGAUUGCGUCCUAUUUGAGGUUGGGAUUGGCUUUACCGUUUACCAAGUGGGUGAAAGUGUGUGACUGUGGACAACAACUGGAUCAACAAGGAUACCACCUACUAACAUGUAAAUAUGGAGGAGGUCCUGUCUGGACCCACAAUACUAUCUUGAAGGGUUGGAGUGAAUGUUUGAGUGAUUUGCACAUUCCCCAUCAAACCGAACCCCGGCAUCGUUUUGUUAGUAGCGAAAACCGUCCUGAUAUGACACUCUUUGAUUCUGAAACAGGACAGAAUCUUGACGUGGAUGUUUCAUUAGCACACCCAUGGAGUAAGGAUGCUCUCAACCACGCACACAGAGAAGAAGGGUAUGCUGCAAAAGUAAGAGAGGAGAAGAAACUAAAGAAAUACUCAGGAGAGGUCCUGCAUGGUGGUUUAUCAUCCAAGUGUGUUCCACUAGUCUUUGAACAUUUUGGUUUGUGGGGCUCGCACGCACACAAGUUUUUGUCUCAUAUAUCUAGGCAAAGCUACAAUACCACUCAUGCACAUCCUUUUAACAGCGCUCAACGUUUUAAGGCAUUCUGGAGAAAGCAAUUUUCCAUCAUUCUUCAGAGAUGCAACGCCAGAGUGAUUUCGAGGAAGCUGUCGAGAUUUUCAUGCAGUACAAACGACAGUGACAUAAUGUUUGACUGCAAUGUUGUAGGCCAAGUCCAUUAAUGUGUUAUAAUUUGCUUAGUUAUGAAGGACUGGUAGAUAUUUGAAAGUUUCCUGUACAUACGUAGAGUUUUGAUGAUAAUAAAUGAACCUGUCUGACUGACUGUCUGUCUGUCUGUCUGUCUGUCUGUCUGUCUGUCUGCAUGACUGUCUGUCUGACUGUCUGUCUGACUGUCUGUUUGUCUGUCUGUCUGUCUGACUGACUGUCUGUCUGACUGUCUGUCUGACUGUCUGUCUGUCUAUCUGUCUGUCUGUCUGUCAAUACAUAUAUUUUCAAACAUUGAACUAUUAUACACCAUCUAAGCAAAGUAACUAAAUACUACCCAAGCCAAUAGGGCUUGGUUCUACCUACAACCAUUUAUGUUUAUGUUGCUGUCUCUUGAAACAAUCUUCUUUAUUUUUCUGUCAAUCACUCUAGCAUUUGAUCGUUGUAGACACAUAGAAAACACAGAUCUCCAGUAUGUCUUGAAGGUUGAUGCAUUUGGCUUUCCGUCUUCGUUUCUUGAUAGCUGUGUCUGUAUGUCUGUCUGUCUGUCUGUCUGUCUGUCUGUCUGUCUGUCUGUCUGUCUGUCUGUCUGUCUGUGUUUCUGUCUGUCUGUCUGUCGUUCGCUUGUUUCUUGUGUACCGUACUGUUGUUGUCCAAUAUUAUUUCUGAACCAAUGCUUACUUUUGGUUGUUUCUCGGUCUCUUUGUCUAUCUCUGUUGUUUGGUUGUUCUUUGUGUGCCUUGGUAGUGUAUUCAAGAUUGCUUCUUAUUUGCAAUAAUUACGUUUUUGCUUUGAAUUAUAUAGGUCGGUGAUAGUAUUCCAUUGAAACUUUUGUACCACUUCUCGUGUUUCUCACUUUGUGGCGUUAUCAGUAUCCUGGUAGAAGCGUUCCUGAAAGUCUACGCGUCCAACAAAACUUGGCGUUGCAGAGUAAUGCAGUUUUUAAGUGUGAAGGAAUAGUCUAAUUAGCUGAAGUUCUGCGAGGCUAUACGAAUAUUAUACUUACCGAAUUUAGUAUAAUAUACAAACAAACGAUCUAGUCCGCUGUCAAGCGACUUUCCACUUGGCAAACGCUGUGUUAUAUAGCUAUAACUGUAGCCGUCCUCGCUAGUGCAACAACACACAGAGCACAAGAAUCCCUCUAUGUAAAAAGAAGACUGAGGAUUUGGCACGUUCGUCUCUAUAGAUCUGCCACACAGAAUCGAAAUCACCUCCAACAGCUGGUCCAUGCAUGCACACAUGACAUUAAUUGACACCUCGUUAAUCACAAUCUAAACAAGUUCUCUACCCAAAGCAGGUGCGCAUUAUAACUUCAAAUUACCUGCAUACGCAUUGCCUUCGUUUUCUGG